GCACAGGCGCCUCCUUCUCUUACUCUCACUCUUGCCUCGCCUGGUGGAGGGGUUUUUGUUUUAGCUUCACAUCUGCAACUCUUCUUCUUCUUCUUUUUUCCCAGAAACCAAUCACAAUUUUGUGUCAGUCUUUUUGUCUGCUUUGUUUUCUGGUUUGUUUCUCACUUAGAAAUGGCUCUGCUAGUGCGACGCAUUCUAAUGACAAGCCUGCCACAAUCUUUAUCUUUACCACCACUCAAUAGCAACAACUUCAUCACAAAUCCUCGUAAUUCCUUGUCUCUUUUACCAAAUCUGCACAAUCCAUCUACUACUAAUACUGCUGCUAGAAGAAGAAGAAGAAGGAGAUUAUUAGUAGUAUCAAAAGAUCCCUCCAACGAAACAGAUAAUGAAAUUGAAGACGACGAUGAUGACGAACCCAAGAUUAAUGAUCCUUAUUCAAUGGAUGAGGAAGAAAGACGCGAAUGGAGAAGCAAGAUUAGGCAAGUAAUGAGCAACAUUGAAGAUGACGUUGAAGAGGAGAUUGACCUUGACCAAAGGAGGAAGAAAAUGCAAGAACUUGUGUCUCAAUACCCUCUUGUUGUUGAGGAAGACGACCCCGAAUGGCCCGAAGACGCUGAUGGCUGGGGCUUCAAUUUGGGUCGCUUCUUCGACAAGAUUACUAUCAAGAACAAUCCCAAGAAACAAGACAGUGAUGAUGAUGAAGAUGGAUACGACAGUGAACAAAACGAGAUUGUGUGGCAAGACGACAACUACAUCCGUCCUAUCAAAGACAUUACCACCUCCGAUUGGGAGCAUACCGUUUUCAAGGACAUCAGCCCUUUAAUUAUCCUUGCUCAUCAUCGCUACAAAAGGCCGAAAGAAAACGAAAAAAUUCGAGACCAAAUAGAGAAGGCUGUGCAAAUCAUCUGGAACUGUGGGCUACCUUCUCCAAGAUGUGUUGCUGUUGAUGCUGUCGUUGAGACUGAUUUGGUCUCUGCUCUUAAAGUGUCUGUCUUUCCUGAGAUGAUUUAUACCAAGGCAGGGAAGAUCUUAUUUCGUGACAAAGCAAUUCGAAGUGCGGAUGAGCUCUCAAAAAUAAUGGCGUUUUUCUAUUAUGGAGCAGCAAAGCCUCCUUGUUUGAAAACUGUUGGAGAUACCCAGGAAGUGAUCCCUUCAGUUCCUGUUAAUGCCCCGCCAUGAGUAGAAUAGAUGAGUUAUGUAUAAUACUUUGUGAUAUUUUGUUGUUUCAUCUGUAUAUCCCAGAUUUUUCAGUUCUAUAUGGAAGUUUCUUUAGAAUGAAAUCUCUGUUAUUCUAUUAAAUAUCUGCCUGCUAGUGUGCCAAGAACUAAGGGACACUUGAAUGUCCGGACCUGAGGGGGUCCACUCUUUUAUUUCAACAACGAAAUGCCAAAUAAACAGUACACGUUCCAAACUGGAAAGACACCAACUUUUUUCGUUUAUGAGAUUAUUUGUCAUAUUUAAUGCAUAUAAAUAUAUGAAACAGAGUUUGGCCCUGAGCUAGUUGUUAUGAAUGCCGCAACAACAAAACGCUUUGUGGUAAUGAAAGCGAAAGGCGAAGAGCUGGGCAAGAUUGGAGCCAUCAAACUUGCAGUCAUCAACACCUAGUUUUCGUUUUGUGCUCUUGCCUCCAAAAACUGAGAGGCAUUUUCCCGUACUGUGUGACACCCAGAAUCGGAAUCCAUGGUGGUUUAGUUUCUUUGGUGGAUUAACUGAUUUCCAGUCGGCGUCCCCUAAGCUAUGAAGAGAGCUCAAUGAACGGAGACUCACUUUGCCAUGCUCGUCCACUGUCAGAUAGCUUUGCCCUUUUGAGCACUUGUCCAUGUAAUUGCUAAACCUGUAUCAUAUGUGGUACACAGACCGAGUGAAAGGCACACAUGCUUUCUAGUACUGUG